ACACUACACUACGAAUGACGUAGCACGCAGCUGCUGUGUUUGGUUGUGGACGAAGAAAAAGAAGCUAGGAAGGAAACCUCUAGCAUCGUAGAUAAACACCCUGAAGAGGUGUGAACCCAGCGAGCAAACAGCUGUCACAACACCGAGAGAACAGUAAAAAAGACCAGAUUGAGUCCUUCAUACACCGAGGGUCAACAUGUCUGAGACAUACGACUUCCUGUUCAAGUUCCUGGUGAUUGGCAGUGCUGGGACAGGGAAAUCCUGCCUUCUCCACCAAUUCAUUGAGAACAAGUUUAAACAGGAUUCGAACCACACCAUCGGCGUGGAGUUCGGUUCCAGAGUCGUCAACGUUGGUGGAAAGACGGUCAAACUGCAGAUCUGGGACACUGCUGGGCAGGAGCGAUUCCGUUCGGUUACACGCAGCUACUACAGAGGAGCAGCUGGAGCGCUCCUGGUCUAUGAUAUUACCAGCCGGGAGACGUACAAUGCCCUGACCAACUGGCUGACAGACGCACGGACCCUUGCAAGCCCCAACAUUGUAAUUAUCCUGUGCGGCAACAAGAAGGACCUGGAUGCAGACCGAGAGGUGACCUUCCUGGAGGCGUCGCGCUUCGCUCAGGAGAAUGAGCUGAUAUUCUUGGAGACCAGCGCUCUGACGGGGGAGAAUGUUGAGGAGGGUUUCCUGAAGUGUGCUCGCAUCAUCCUCAACAAGAUAGAGUCAGGCGAGUUGGACCCGGAGAGGAUGGGUUCAGGGAUCCAGUAUGGAGAUGCUUCGUUGAGGCAGCUGCGACAGCCGAGAGGCACCGCCACACCGAUUAAACAGCAGUGUAAUUGCUAGGGCUCGGGGCCCCGCCCUCACCUCAGCCCACAGGCCCACACAGACAGGACGCCCCUACAGGUGUUUUUGGUGUGUGACCCUUCUCUCUGCAUUUCACACACCUUGCAUCACCUGGCAACCCCUGACCCCUGACCUCUGGUAAGACUCUCUACUUCUAACCUGAGGGGGGCCAGCUGUGACCCUGUGUCUGGGCAGGGAAACCCCUCAGUGUGAAGACGCUGGGAUCACAAAGAAGAAAAAACAGGUUUCCCUGUGACUUACCAGAAAAGGACGAGUCGAGGGUUGCGUGUCCGAGCUGCCCCGCUGUUUUAUCUGUGUGUUUUUCAUUCUGGAUUUAGUAACACCGACAUGCUUCAUACAUUUGCACAUCAUUGUUUCUAAAUUAUUAUUGGGGAUCUAUUUUGCGCCUAGUCAUUGUUCAACAUAUCUGGAAAUGAUUCAUGAUAAGAGUUUUAAUAUUGGUAAAGUCACCUGUUGAUUUAGCUUUUUAUAAUUUUAUUUAACUGUACUUUUCAGCCUGUGAUUGAUGGUGACUAAGUGAAUAACAGUCCAAACACAUCCUCUUAUUAAAAAAAUUAAGUUUAACUGCACAGAUUUUAAUAAAAAAAUCAUGUAGAUAUUGAAAAACAGAUGCAUCAGAUUAAUCUUGUGUGGAUGUGUCUGCAGCUCAAACAGCUGAGCUCAAACAUGGUAAUAAAAAAAAUGUAAAAUCAUACAUACCCAGAUUUAGAGCCCUAUGUACUUACCCACUCUGGGAUGUGUGCUACGUUGAGUCAUUUGACAUUUUGAUUCGCAUCAAAAUGCACUAUUGUGACAGAGUGUUGGCCUUAGUAAUAUACUUGAUAUUGUGGAUUUGGAGUUUUAUUUUUCCCACUCACUACGUCUGUAAACUGUCAAGGGGAAGCAUCCCGUCACUCCACACAGACAGGCCUGUGGGUCAGGUUUAAAGCACAAAAAAGAGGUUUUGCUCUUUAUUUAACUCCAAAGUUUCCAAAGUCUGCAGACUGGCAGCAGCAGAUUUAUCCUGUGAUAAAUUCCCAGCGUCUCUAGUCCUAUCCCGAUGUAAGGUUAAGAAAGGGUCAUCCUUUUUUGCAAAACUAACAAUGCCUUUGACUCGUACUGCUGGGCUUUUUAACUCCGGUGGAUUCACGGUGCACAUUCUGUGUCAGGGGACGUCACAGGAAACCACAGUUGGUUUCGCCUCAGUGCCAUGUUUGGGGAAACUUCAACUCUGCCCACUCAGUUCCCUUGUAGAGACUGGGCGCUGUUUAAUGCAAGGUUACAAGCACCAUGAUACAAAUCAGGAACACUCCAAGUAGUUUUCACUUUUCUUUGUCAAGCAGAGAAGCUAAUCUGUUCUUGUAAACAAACUCUCUUUGAGUUUCCCCGAGCCGUCCCAUAUGUUUACUCCUUAGAACAGACCCUGUGCUGCCCCAAAGGGACACAGGGAGUUUCGCCUGAAGCAUGGUUUCCUCUUUGCAGCACUGACAGCAUGGUUUGGUGGUGCUGCGGGAGGAGGAUGAGGUUGCGAGUCAAUCCCUUAAAAAAAUCCCGCCCUUCUGUUGAGUCAAAGGCACUGCUUCUGUCUGAACCGCUGACCUGGCCAAGAGGAGAACAAAACACACGUAUUUCUCCCGUCUUGUCCUCAACUGCUAGCAUAUGUCCUCCCAGACAAACCAUAUGCGUUUUAAGCCCUAGUGAGCCGACACACUUAAGGGAAAAAGACAUGUGCAAACAUAAGAUAGUAUAGGAUAUCAAGAAACAGAUGGUCAAAGAUUUAUUUAGUUUUCAUAAAAUAUUUGCAUUGGUGGAUAGUCUGUCUCCUUCUGCAAGUGCACUUUUUACUUUUGAAUUUUCAUGUUUUGUUUAUAUGCUGCAACUCUAGAAUUGUACAUUUUAUUUUACUUGAACAGUAUACUGUAAUAAAGAUUUUAAUUGUAGAUGUUAUCAUUUUUUGCUAAAUAACAACUGAGAUUCUUCAUUUGAUUUCCUGUCACGAGGCGCGGCUGCUGCCUGAGGUUUGAUUUGUUUAUUGCACCCUGCUGAAGGCGGCGGCAGCAACGAAAGGAUGUUCACUUCCUGAACUGUACAACCAUCAGCAGCUCUGACUGUUUUUAAGUCCUAUAAAUGCUGUUGAGCCAAAUGGCUUUCACAUGUUUGUAUGUAUUUUACAGUUCCUUAUAAGCACUCAAAAUAGCCAUAUGAUAAGAGUCACUUCCUGUCUUGAUUUAAUCGUGAUGAAUGCAAUCCGACUCAGUUGUUGCUUAGUAACUAAUGUAAUAUAAUCAACCCAAAAUACUACUGUUCAUCUCAAGUAACAUAUACUGUAAAUAAGAUUUGUCUAUUGUCCAUUAAGGGUGAGUGUUGCUCAUUGAUUGUAAUGAAUAUGCAAUUCCCAGUAAACUGCUUGUUUUUUCAGUCA